GAAGAUGCGCAAGUCUCUUCAUGACUGUCUGCAGCUAACCUACUUUUUUUCUAUUGACACACAAACAAAUGCGCCAUUAACCUAGCUAACGAUCUUUGUGUUCGUCUACGCGUCCAGUAAGCAAUGCAGCGGAUUUAAGAGAAGCUACACGGGGAUGCCCCGCCGGAAGCGCACAGCGGAUGAAGGCGGAAGAACAGCCAAAGCCAGUAAAGUGGAAAAUUGUGAAGAGACUCUGGUCAUAUCGGACUCUGAACAUGACGAGGAGGAACUUUGUGCCGUUAAAACAUCCAUUCGGGCUUCUCGAUGGAGACGAAGGGAAAAUGAUUCUCAACUACAAGAGAUGACAGAAGAUGAGAUGCUGGAUCUGGCAAUGAGGCUGAGUGCUCAGGAAGCAAACAAUGCUGCCCAGAGACAACAGCUAGAAGACGACGACAUGCAAAAAGCCAUAGUGGAAAGUCUUAAUGACAGCAGUGUUAAAUCAUCAGAGCGUCAGUACGAAGCAGCCAGCUCUUCAGCUCAACCACAGCAGAGCGAAGCAAAAAUGAUAUUACACUUAAGACGAAAGCUUUCUUAUACAAGCCAAGAUGGAGCACUCCAUGGAAAACAGAUUUCUGUUGCACAUGAUGGCGAGGAUGAGCGGGAAACGACCAGUCCACUGCCAGAAAUGCCUGAUCUGUCGCAGACGGCCUCCCUGAAUCAUUCAUCAAGUAAUUCAGAUGUGCUUUCUGGGCAUCCUUUAGCCUCUCAGCAUGUCCAUGAGUCCUCCCAGAAUAAGACCUCCGAUAAACAGCCACUCAUCAAAGACUCUGCAGAGGAUGACAUCUCUCAGUCUGUCUCGCAGCCCCUGUGCUCCCCCGUCUUCCCUCGGCAGGGCAGCUUUAUUCGCCAGCCUUUAGUAUGUGUGGAGAAACUGAGUCCGGAUAUAAUCAGUGCCAGCACAGACUCAAUAAACCACAUUAAUACACAGGACAGUGCUGUUUGCCCCACCUGUCCUGACAGAUCGCAGUCCACACAUCAGGACUCGCCCCUUCCCAAAAGCCCUGUCUUCACUCAGAAUGACUUUAAACUAAGUACUUAUUUGCUAGAAGAGGGGAAUGAAGACAGUACUCAAAUACCUGAUGAAGAUUUACCAGCACAUCUAAACCAUAAAGGUUUGAGUCCCAAGAGCACAGAUGCAGAUAAAUGCCUUUCACUUUCCAGAGGAUCCCAGCCAUCAAUCCUAAAAUGUGUGCCUGUGCCUAUAAAUGACAAUGCAGGUGUCACCAUAAGAAGUAAAACUCAUGACCUGAUGCAAGUGAAGGAUCAGAUGACUCAGGGUGAGAAUGUAAAAGCUGACUCUGAAAGAGCUCCAAACACUAAGGCUUGGGAUGGGCUUACUAGUCACAUGGUCUUGCAUUUAACAGAUGAUGAUGAAGAUGAUGGUAGCGAAGAGGCUCCCUCUCCAAGCCCAGUCUUCCAUCAGGAGACAAUUCCACAGCCAGCCAAGACCAAGUUUUCCCCAACCCAACCCUGUAUCUCUCCAACUUCCAUCACCCUCCAUCCUUCCACUAAAGACUCACAGAUGUCCCAGCCUUCCCUGGAGGAGGACUCAAGAGCAUCAAGAGGCCCAGCAUCCAAACACUCUGACUGCAAUACUCCACAGACUGUAGUGGAGAAGGGAGAGUGCACUGUGUCAUACUACUGGGGAGUGCCUUUCUGCCCCCAGGGGCAAAACCCUGAUGACUACACUCGUGUGAUCAUGUGUCAGCUGGAGGUCUAUGAGAAGACUCUGAAGGAGGCCCAGCGAGAGCUGCUUCGUAAAGCAGAUUGGAGUCAGCCAGUUUUGCCAGAGAGGCCAUUUGGCACAAAGAGAUGGAAGCGCCACAGAGCUCCUCAGCUGUCAGAGGAUGAGGAGGAGAAUGAAAAAGAGGGGAUGAAGAAAAACAGAGUAGAAGUAGAGGAAGAGAAGGAGGAAGAUAGGGAGGAGUCUGUGAUGGGGUCCGAGGAGGCAGCUGAGGGUGGACCAAGUGAAACAUAUGUAGUGCUGUCUUCUCCUGAUACUAAAGAUGAAGUGGAGCAAAAAUACCCUUUCUUCAGCCAAGUGGAGCCCACGCCUGCAACUAAACCUUUCAGGAAAGACAUCUCAGAUGACACUCAAAUUCACCAUCCAGAUGAGGAAGAGGAGGAGGAGGCCCAGCAUUGCGAGGGUUAUGAAAAUGAAGAAACAGUUUGUCCAGAAACUCAGAUGACUGAAAACAGCACACCAGAGCUAAUGGUGACCAGUCCUGCCAGUCCCACACAGCCUCAGUCUCAUGCUGACAGUGAAGCGAUGGAGGUGGAGGGCGAGGGAGUAGCUCCUGCAGUAGAGGAGGUGGUGAUGGAGCUGGACAGCAUGCCAUCAGAGGCUGAACCUCCUGACAGUCAGAGGAUGGAGUGUCCCAUGUGCUUGAAACUCUUCCCUCUUAGCAGGAUUGAGUUGCAUGCAGCCUUUUGUGAUGGUGAAGCAGAGGACCAAGACCAACAGGAAGAACAACCACAAGUUUCCUUAAGGAAGAGGAACAGAAGAGAUAUGACUGAGGAGACCCAACACAGAUGUAGGAACAGAUCAGCAAAGAUGGAGAAAUGCUAUCUGUGUCAGGGGUUCUUUCCACCUCUGGAAUACUCGGAGCAUGUUGAUGUGUGCUUAAAAAAGAAAGAUUCAAAUACCAAACAGGGAAACGGCCUGCUUUCUGCUUUGGACCAGACAGAACGGAGACAUACUGGCAGUGAUGAAGCCGGACCAUCUAAUAUUUGUACAAAAGCAAACCGUGGCCUUGCAGAAACUGCAGUGAUGGGUACACCUGGAGGAAGUGUAGCCUGCUCUGCAAUGACUUUCUCUCCCUGUAACUCCCUCUCUUCUCGAGCAGAGGACACCAACUGCCUUAUUGACACUUCUAAGAACAGCCAAAGACUCACAAGAAAGCGAAAAUUCAAAAGAUAGCAUCAGCAUGCUUUUAGGAACACUGGUGUCUGUAAUUUUUCAAAGCCUCUCCAUUUGUAUGACAUUUUAUAAUUGAUGUGUACAAUGCAUAAAUUAAUCUAUUUAAAGUCUUUGUUGUCUUAUUGAGGUUUAUUAAAUGCAAUUGGCACCUUUUGGGGCUAAUUAUG